GCUCUCUCUUACCUUUUUCAAAGGACAGUUUGUGGAGCUUUCUUUGACUAUUCAUCAAUGUCUGAAGAAACUGUUUAUGCAAAUCUCAAAUUCCAGGACUCUGAUAAGAAAGAAAAUACCCAGAAGUCUAAAAGAUGUGGGAGAAAAGUACCUUCUUCUCCAUCCCAUUCACAGCAUAAAGCAGUCUUGAUUCUGACUCUUCUAUGCUUUCUGCUGCUCAUUGGACUGGGGGUCUUAGGAGGAUUGUUUUAUACAGCUUUGGAGACAGAAAUGAUAAAAUCAAAUCAACUACAAAACAUCAAGGAAGAAAUUCAGAGAAAUGUUUCCCUACAGCAGAUGCACAAUCUCAACAGCAACCAGAAAAUCAGAAACCUCUCUGCCAUGCUGCAAAAGACAGCCACCCAGCUGUGUCACGAGCUGUGUAAAAAAGAACCAGAGCACAAAUGCAAACCUUGUCCAAAGGGUUCAAAAUGGUUCAAGCACAGCUGUUACUCUAAACUUGAUGGGUUUGGAACAUGGCAAAAAAGUGAAAUGCUUUGUUCGGCUCGGAAUGCCAGCCUGCUGAAGAUUAAGAACAGGAGUGAGCUGGAAUUUGUAAAGUCUGAGGGGUUAAAUGGUUAUUGGCUGGGGCUGUCGCCCAGAAAGAAUUACAUAAGAUCCGAGAUACUGAAUGAGAACAUGUUCCUCUCUGUUGGGUUUGAAAGAAGCACAUAUGACUUACGUAAAAUGUACUGUGGAUAUAUAGAAGGAAUAUAUGUUCAUUAUACGUACUGCACUCUGGAGAAAAGUAUCAUAUGUGAGGAGACAGCCGGCAACGUACAGGUGGAAAGUGUACUGAAUGACCUUCCACAGGAAAGCGGGUAGCUACUGCAGAUGUUUAUCUCUAGCUACUAUCCUGCUGUGGUGGUUUGAAGGAGAACGGCUGCUGCAAGGAAAUCCAGCUACUAUCACAAAAGCUGCUACUUGGAAAUGUCAAGGACUUUUCUGAAGGUUGAGCCAUGGCUUAAGACGUCUUGAUGAUAUUUUAGCUUUGGUAUAUACAUUAGCCAAUUCUUGCAAUGACUUUCUUGUGUGCUAUGUGUGCUUCCAAGAACUGCUAGCAGUGUAUUUAUCUGAAAUACCUAUCAAGCAUCUAAGGCCAAAUGAUCUCCUGAACUCAGGUAACACCCUUAUAGAAACAACACCUGUUUCUUGGGUCAGGCAGAUAGCUUUAUUUCUCAUACAAUUUUAGCUAAGACCCUCCUUUCUUAUACAGCCUUACUGACAUUAUAGACUCCUAACUUCUUACCUAUUCACUUCUAGGAAUGUAGACUGAACACACAAAUUCCCUUUUUUAUAUACUAACUGAUCUUAGCUCUCAGUUGACCUCCUCCUUUACCACUCCCUUUUUGGGUUGUAAAAUAAAGCCUGAAGGUCACUGCCUUAGGAAAA